AAUGGUUCUCACAGAACAGUGUCUUGCCUGCAGUGUGAAUGGUAGCAGCCAGCUUCGUUCUGUGUCAUGACUUCGAGUUCUGAAAGCGCUUUUACUUUUAAUAAUGCGCCGCUACAUUCGUGCAUUCCUCGUGUGCAUGUUGUUUGCCGUGUUCUCGGCCUUGUACGUGUAUAGUAAACUAUUUUAUUCAGAUCUGUCGGUCGGAGGAGGAGGAGGAGGACUGGGUGAGAAGACUUUCCUCCAUCGAGCCGCGGCCUCUAAGCGAAGCGACAUUGGACAAGAAACCAGGCGAGGCCCAGACGAAGCAGAACCAGGCGAUCAACACUGGUACAUCAUGAGGAAAGCAGAGGGCCGUGUGAGGACGGCUGCAGCCAUGCACCUGGCUGUCGUGGCCUGCGGACAGAGACUAGAGGAGACUCUCACCAUGCUGAAGUCUGCUGUUAUGCUCAGCAUCAAACCACUGUGCCUACACAUCUUCGCUGAAGACCAGCUGCACGCCAGCUUUAUAGAAGCUUUAGAGUCGUGGCCAGGUUCAUUCCGUUCCAGGUUUAACUACACUCUGUACCCCAUCACCUUCCCCCGUGAGAAUGCUGGAGAGUGGAAGAAGCUCUUCAAACCAUGUGCUUCUCAGAGACUAUUCCUGCCUCUCAUCCUAAAGGAGGUGGAUUCUCUAGUCUACGUGGACUCGGACAUCUUGUUCCUCCAGCCUGUAGACGCUCUGUGGUCCCUGCUAGCUCACUUCAACGCUACCCAGCUGGCCGCCAUGGCGCCGGAGCACGAGGAGCCACGCAUCGCCUGGUACAGCCGCUUCGCCCGCCACCCCUACUAUGGCAGGACGGGCAUCAACUCUGGAGUCAUGCUCAUGAACAUGACACGCAUCAGGGCCACAUACUUCAAGAAUGACAUGACGUCAGUGGGUCUGAGGUGGGAGGAGCUGCUGAUGCCCCUGCUGCAGAAAUAUAAACUAAACAUGACCUGGGGAGACCAGGACCUGCUCAACAUCAUCUUCCAUCACAACCCUGAGUGUCUGUUGGAAGUCCCCUGCCACUGGAACUACCGUCCAGACCACUGUAUCUACGGCAGUAACUGUGGCUCCGCGGAGGAGGAGGGUAUCUUUAUCCUGCACGGGAACAGAGGAGUGUACCAUGACCUCAAACAGCCUGCCUUCAGGGCCGUCUACGACGCCAUACGACAGUACUCAUUUAGGGAGGAUCCUGUGAGCUCUCUGCUGGUCCCACUGGAAGAAGAGCUGUUGAAGACGACCCGUUCAUACUGUGGUAAAUCACAUGUUCUGUUCACUAAGAGACUGGCUCACAGCCUGGCCAACGUCAACAGAGAUGCUCAGCCUCUACAUGGACGGUAGUCUGAAGUCCUGGGCCUCCAGGCUGUCCUAUAGUGUUGUCAUGUUCAGAGAGGUGGUGGCCUGGGUUCUGUUCAUUAGAGCACACUGUAGCAAAACAUUUUGCAACGGAUAACUAAAAUGGGUGUUUCUUAUUGGACAAGUUGAGCUAGUGCCUACUCUGUUUCAUUUUGUCGUCUUCUGUUUCAUGACUACUUGGCACCUACAGCUACAUGGCUGAAGGAAUUUAUUUAUAAAUUUUUAUUUAACUGGGCAAGUCAGUUAAGAACAAAUUAAAAUUUUACAAUAUCAGCCUACCCCGGGCAAACCCUCCCCUAACUCGGACGAUGCUGGGCCACUUGUGGGCCACCCUAUGGGACUCCUGAUCACGGCCGGUUGUGGGCCACCCUAUGGGACUCCUGAUCACGGCCGGUUGUGGGCCACC